CAGUACGCGAGUUUGCUGCUGCUGCUACGGCUGCCGUUACUGCUUCUGCUGCCUGGGCUUGCUUUCCAGUCAGUCCUGCUGCUGAGGCCUGGAGCGCCGCCAUCGGGGGACUGGGGACGCCCUGUGAACCCCCCCCCCCAUUUCCCUGGGCGGGGAGGGAUAGAGAGCGCCGAGGUGGACCGUGCGGGGAACCCUCUGCCGACAGGGGGACGGUGAGGGAGGAGAAUUUGAGAGCCUGAGCCAUCCAUCACUGCCGGCAGCAGGAUCAACAGGACAGGUUUGGGGGGUCUCAGGAAAGAAAGUGGGGUGCAAGCAAUCGCUUAGGAACGUUAGACGGGGACCCUGGGGAUCAUAGAAACGCGUGAAGGAAGUACAGGAGGCAAGCUAAUUUGGGGAGUACCAGGGGGAAAGUGGGGUGCAACACUUUGGAGUAGCUAGCUGGAGGUCAAAUAGCUGGAAGACUGCAUUAAGACUCCCCGAUAACAUUUUGUGGGAUACCCAGAGUGAAGUUAAAGACUCACUAUUUUGGAGUGACAGGAUGUAAGAAAGGACCUUCCAUACCCACUGCACCUUGAUAACCCCUAAGUUGCUGGAGCUAGAAGGGCAUAUUUGGAAGCACCAGGGAAGAAGUAGAGGUAAGGAUAAGUUUAGAGGAUACCUGGUCGCCAGAAACUAGGGCCUCUAGGGAUUUGGGGAGGUAGAGUGUUGACUUGCUGAAAAGGGGAGGCAUAAGCCAAGUUUAUGGUUGAUUUGUAAAGAAUCUCAGGACCCUGGCAAAUGGAACCUCCCAGAAGUUCUGGGCUAUAGGUUUUGAGAGGGAUGGGAAGAGAUAGGAGAUACAUUCCAAUCUGGGGACUAAAGGGUGGCAAAGAAGACCCCAAUUCCCUUUAACCUCCUCACAGCUGCUGUACCAAGUGUUGCUGCAAUGGGUGAUUUGGAGUUGUAGCCCUGUUUCCUUCUCACCCCUUCUAGAUUUCUUGAGCUGACAGGGAGGAGUUGUGAGAUUCAUUUCUGUCAUCUCCCAUAGUGAGUUAGGGUCUACCAAGUCUGGUCAGCCGAAAUUAUAUGGAGAGGUGCAGAAAAAAGGGGAACCUUGGAGUUACAUCGAUUUAGGGCCAGGACAGUGAAGGAAAGGAGAGAAAAUUUGGGGCUAUGAGGAAGGGAAACCCAGAGAACUGGAGGCAAGAGCCAGGGAUUAACAAAGCUUGAACUAAGUAAGAGUUCAAGGAUUCCCAUCAAGUUUAGGGGUGACAGGGGGAGAGGACAGUUGAAGGGACCCUUUUGAAGUACUUAGGGGGGAGGAUUUAUUGGGAUGCUACUUAACAGUAAAUAAUCCAGGAACGCAGAGGAGAGUAUCUGGGAUAAAUUUGGGGGUACCACCCUAUUUGAGAGAGAUUGGAGGGUGCCUUCCUGUAGGAAGGGAAGGAUUUAGCUUUCAUCCUAGAACUAUCUGCCAGUUUGGAGUAUUUUUCAGUUGGGGGUGGGGGGCAUUCUGGGAGCCAGAUUGAGAUUGAGGGUUGUGUCUUACUGAGGUGCCUCCAUACAAUUUGGGUUGUAUACCUCCAAUCUGAGAGUGGCGGAGUUAGGGGACGUCGUAGGGAGAUUCGACUGUCCCCUAAAGGGAGGGAAGGUGGUUGGAGAUGGCGGCGCUGGCCAGCAGCCUGAUCAGGCAGAAGAGAGAAGUACGAGACCCUGGGACGAGCCGACCAGUGUCAGCUCAACGGCGAGUGUGCCGGAGGGGUACUAAGUCCUUGUGUCAGAAGCAGAUACUGAUUCUGCUCUCCAAGGUCCGUCUGUGUGGGGGGCGACGGACGCGCCCGGACAGAGCCCCGGAGCCCCAGCUCAAAGGCAUCAUCACAAAGCUUUUCUGCCGUCAGGGUUUCUAUCUCCAGGCCAAUCCAGAUGGGAGCAUCAAUGGCACACAAGAGGAUACCAGCUCCUUCACUCAGUUUAACUUGAUCCCUGUGGGUCUCCGUGUGGUCACUAUCCAGAGCACCAAGCUGGGGCAUUAUGUAGCCAUGAAUGCUGAGGGGCUACUCUACAGCUCGUGGCCAUGUACCGGGAGCCUUCCCUGCACAACGUACCUGAGACAUCUCCUACAAAUGACAAGCCUCCUUCAGCCUCUUUGCCUCCUAAAACAUAACCCUGCUGUCUGGGAGCGUCCCUCAAGUCUUUCAUCAAGACAGCCAUACAGAUCCCAGACUGAACCAGUCAUUGUGGUCUCUCAUCUUGUUCCAUUCCUUCCUUACCACUCCCCUGCCACAAGCCAUAAAUUCCUGACUUAGAAGAUUUCUUUUGACCUUCCUUGGGCAAUUUAGGAGGACUACAAAAGUGGUAGCCAUUACAACAACUAUCUGAAAGAUUAAGGGUGGUCUGUGACUCUUGGGCUAUUGCUGCAAAACCAAAAUCCUAGUAAGAUCUGCUCUUUGGUAAUUUUCUAUAUUAAAGGACCCUUAUAGGGGAUCUGGAAACAUUGCUAUAUACCAUUAAGGGGCCUGGCUAAUCACUGUAUUUUUUUCCUUUUCUGCACAAGCUCUCAGAAAAUUUCCUGAGAGAUGAAGCUGUAGGUUCUAAAUAAGGAUAGACAGCCUCGUUUCUAGGGUUCUUUGCCACUCUUCUACAUAACCACAAAGCCACGGUCAACUAGAGCACAGCCUCUUCUCUCUUGCUUAUCCCCUCAGCCUUCUGACUUUGUCCUGGAUGUGUUCUGAAAUCUGGAUCCUACACAGAGUCAAUUUGGCAUCAAAAUCUUCUGUAUUGUAGUAGAGUCACAUUGCUAACUUCUGUUCUGGGUCAUUGAAGACUAAUGUUGAUCAAGAUGGAUUCUUGAUCUAGAUAUGGAAGAAAUCUACAUCUAGAGCACAGCACAGACAUUGUCUUGGUCCACACUGAGCCCAGUUGUAGACUACCACUGUCCUAACCUCUGCCCUGGAGGGACCCAGUUCUAGAAUCUGUUCUAAUGGUUUGUGGUUCUACCUUGUAGUUGAAAUCAUCCCCUCUCCCUGGAUGGAGCUAGAGUAUGAAUAACCACAUGCUUGCUCUAGAAGAUGUUCUAAACAAUGGAUCACACUUCUUCCAUGAAUGCUACUUGUGGUCCAGAGAGAAUUACAUUAUAUAUGGACCAAAACCCACCUCCUAUUUUGUCUGUAGAAAGUUUUCUAAAAAAAUCUUAUUCUUCCAUAUAGAAAAAAAGAAUCCGUCUUCUUUUUAAAUGCACUUUCUAAAGUUUAGGAUUCAAUCUCUCCCUAAACAUGGGUACUUGCAGGGCAAUAGGCUGGGGAGUCUAGGGGUAAGGGGAAGGAAAGAAAAAUCAUGUUUAAUGAAAUUUCAGGGUGAAGGCACUGAGACCCAGAUACUGUGGGUGGAGGAGGGAGGAAAAUAUCUGGGGUUGGAGUGGGGAGGUGGGGACUAUGGGAAUAAUUCCUGAAUUAUAUGGAAAUAUGAAUACUUAGCUACCUCACCAGGGACUCCUUAGGGGUCCUCCAUAAAUAUCAUGAAGUCCUCAAUAUCUGGGAAGGAAAGAGGAUAGUGAGACACUGGUAGAAACUGUCAAUAGGAGAGCAAAUAGAGAAUCCUCUGAAUCAGCAAUAACAUUCUCAUGUUGGUCAGGUAAUGAUGGGGAAAUUCAGAGAAUUUUGGUUCUCUAUCUCACUAUCCCCAGAUUUUUAACCAAAAUAGAAUAACCCUGGGUUUACUAAGAAUUUUUCCAGGGGAUCAAAAUCUCUGGAAGGCCUUAACCUAGAAAGGCUUCAAGUAUGCCCCAGAGACAGCCUUUAUGCCUAUUGUCCAAAGAUUUCUCUAGUUGAACUCAGAGGCUCAUCACCAGGUUGCAUCCAAGGUGAUGAACUUUUUGGCUAAGGCAAAUUUCAAAGUCUUUGCUAAAUUGCAGGGAGGUCUGUAAUCCAUGUUUGUGGAGAUACUGAUGAGAUCACAAAUCCUUGAAUUACUGAAAAGAGAAUGUAAGUCAUAAAUCAACUAGGGUGAAAGAAAGAAAGGGAUACUUGGCAGAUGGAAUAAAUAGGACUAAAACGGGAUAGAACCAAUCAGUAGUGAGUUGAGGAGGAGUAUUGGGGGGGGUUGUACUGUGACUCGCUGGGAACACUAAGGUCAUGGGAGAAAAAGAUUCAGGGACCACUGGGAGGAAUUAGAGAGAACAGGAAACUACUGGGAAAGAAUUUAGAAGAACUGGGGUCAGGAUGAGGGAUUAUCUCAGAACCUAUUUCAGCUUCCUCAGAUUGUAACAUGAUUGGUAGAACCCCAAUCCCACCCCACUCCCUACCAUCACAGACACCUGCUGCCUGUAAAUCCUCCCUCUCCGGGGAACAAGGGUCCUUCCUCUGCUCAUUCCCUAGAUUAAAGGCAAUUUGUACAA